AUGGCCGCCGUUCAGCUCAAGUUCUCUCUGCGCACCUCGUCCAACGUCAAGACCGUCCACCUGGUCGGCUCUUGGGACAACUACGCCCGCCAGCUGCCUCUGUCUGCCGAAGACAAGCCCGGUGCAUGGGUUGGCAAGUUCCGCUUCCAGACCUCCAUGCUGCAGCUGGGAGGCCGCUACUGGUACUACUACAUCAUGGACGGCUACCACGUCUCGCACGAUCCUGCCGUCGAGUACACCGUCGAGCCCACCACCGGCCGCAAGCUCAACGUCCUUGAUGUCCCCGGGGGCAAGUCCACCCGCGAUUCCCGUAGCGCUACCAAGGCCCGCCGUGGCUCCGUCAACAUCCAGCACCCCAAGCCUUCCAAGCCCUACGCUUCGCGCCAGCUUCGCGAGGCCGAGUUCGGCGCCCCUACCGUCGACGACCUGACCCGCCGCUUCGCCGGCUCCCGGCUGUCCGACGAAUACUCUUACUCCAACAGCCCCCCCAGUUCCGUCGGCUCUUCGCUGUCUUCCCGCUCCUCGGGCUCGACCUCUCCUUCCUCUCUGUCUUCCAUGAGCGACCCCGCCUCCCAGUGCCACUGUGAGCGCUACGGCAUCACCCGCAAGGGCGACCGUGUCAAGCUCGACUGUGGUGGCAGCCGCUGCGGCUACAUCACCGAGUCUUCCGAUGCCAGCUGCUCCGAGGACGAGGACGAGAGCGACGAGGAGUACCGCCGUGCCCGCAGCGGAGUCCGUCGCCAGGGCAUCGUUGUCCGCCGCUAA